UCUCCAAACCAUUUAACCUGCUACUUCUGUUGCCACCUUUCUUCAUUAGUUAAAGAGCUCUUCUUGGUUUUUUUCAGCUGCCUUUUGAUUGUCUGCCUUAUAUCUGAUUCCAUUGUUUGUCUGUCUCCAGGCUAUAUUCCUGUCUUUGCAGUUUUGUGAUAAUUUUGUGGGUGCUGUUACAUCACAGUUUCAGAACUGCCUGAGAACAAGUGGAGGAAAGGAGAGCAGAGAGCUCUGAAGGAUAUGCUACUCAGAAACACCUGUUUCUUUCUGCUCCUUUUCUGUAGACAUGUUUGCUCCUUCUGCGGUAUCUCAUACUGUGACUCCAAGUACUCCACUGAAGUGGCAAACUUACAUGGUCCCAACCAGAACAUAUCCCACUGCAAUGCAUUGCACUCCUAUUCUAGCUGCACCCACAGGAUGGCCCCUACCUGUCGUGGGAACCUUGCAUACCACACAGCUGUCGCUAUCAUUAAAACCCUCAUGAUCCAGAAGAACUGUUCCAAGGAAAGCCCAACCUUAGCCCCAGGGCUCCAGACACCAACACCCGAUGAUCAGGACUUUGAAUUCUUGGACAUCUGUGAUUACAAGAAGAACUUUGCCCUCAGGCAUGGUCAUCUCCCCUCCUACCAGCACUGUGCUGUGUUUGGGGACCCUCAUGUGCGGACCUUCAGUGAUGAAUUCCUCACCUGCCAAGUGAAGGGUUCCUGGCCACUUCUGGAUAACCACUAUUUGUUUGUGCAAGCCACUAGUCACCCUGUGGUUGAAGGCUCAAAUGCUACAGUAAUCAGCAAGCUCACAAUCAUAUUCAAGAAGAUGGAGUGCAUUCGUGAGAUGAUAUACCAGGCUGAAAUAGAUAACUUGCCGGCAGCUUUUGUAGACGGUUAUGUGAAUGGUGAUGAGAGGCCUGAAGGGCGAAGUUUGACCAUCCAUGAACCCACACCAGGGCAGCAUAUAGUGAUCAAUGCAUCAUAUAUUGGCACCACCAUCUUUGUGCGCCAGGUAGGGAGACAGCUGUCCUUCUCCAUCCAAGCAACUGAAGAGAUGGCCUUCUCCUUCACAGAUGAACAGGAUUUGCAGCUCUGUGUAGGAGGCUGCCCCCACAGUCAGCGCAUCUCUCAAAGCAAGAGCUGCUGCAAGAGCAACAUCACCGAGGCUUGGGCCCAUCUGCUGUGCAAGGACCAAUUGCCAGUUGAGGAUGUCUACUUUGAGUCAUGCGUCUUUGAUGUGGUGACUUCAGGUGAUCCCAGCUUUUCUCUAGUUGCACGUUAUGCACUAGAAGAUGCCAAAUUGUUCCACCCGAACACCCAGAAAGUUCACAUCUUCCAAACAAAUGUUUCGCCUUCUGGCAGCGCACCCCUCCUCCUUUUCCCCACACCAGCCAUUUCAGGGCUUCAGCUAGGCUCUUAAAUCUCUUCAUCAGGAUUAGGUAUUUUAUUUUAGCACAGAAGGCUGGCAAAUGAACAUGGCUUCCUAGAAAGGUAUAAGUCCACAGAGCCAGGCCAUCUAGAAGUUCUGAUGGGUGAGUGUCUCUCCCGCUUGCUCUGUACCUCCUCCAAGCUUUUGCUGACAACUCCACAUUCUUCUGGCUUCUUGGAGAAAGCUGGGAAGGUUGGCACACUGGAAAGCACUCUACACCAGCUUCUUCUGCCAACCUAACCUCCCUUUACUAAACAUGUUUUGCCUUGCAAAGAGCUGAAGGGAGGAACAUAUCAUCAGGGAGAGCUAGCUGAUGGAGCUAAUGAAGGCCUUGUAAGCAUCAUCCUUGAGAUGUAAUGAACAUUUCUUUGCAUGCAUGGGCAACCUAGGACAAAGGGCAGUAUGAAAUUGUAAACAAUAAAUAUUAAUGAAAUGCA